GACACAGCAAAGCCUUGCACCUCGUAGACAGCAACUCAUUCACCAGGCAAUUCACUGCCUUGCACCGCGACAGCAAUCUUCCAUUUCCUGUGGUGUUCGAGUAGAGCCCUUGCCGACAAUUCUGUAAACAUGAGCUGCGCAGCGUCUAGUCUGCGGAUGCGGAGUGCUCAGUCCACUUGCGCGCGGAGGGCCGCUUUCCCGCUACUUGUGCGACGUGUAGCGCUGCCCGGCCGGCUCCCGCUCCGACAAGCUGCGUCGCCUGCAGGCGGGCCUGAGCCCCAGGCCAGCAGCACCAGCACCCCAGCUGAGCCUGAAGUGCCAACGAACCUGACUACGUGGCAGUACUCUAAGCUGGCUGACCCCGGCUUCGCGCCCUGGUUUCUGGCCAUGUGCUUUCUGCCGUUCGUGCUGCUGCUGGUGCCUAUGCUGAGCUCGCCGCCCAUGCCGCCGCUUCCGCCGCCGGCGCCAUAAGCACUUGGCGCUUAUGCAUGGCGUGGAUGCGUGUUGGUGCAAGGAUAGGGCAGCAAUGAAGUGGAUGACCAGGAAAGGCGGGAAUGCAGACCCGUUGGGGAAUGCGGAUAUUUUGGAUGCUCAGGUGGUGAUGUCCUACAUGUGCUGGCUGGCAGGGAGGCGCUGCACACCGCGACUGACAGCCUGCCGGUUCGUGUUUGAGGAUGCUCAGGUGUUUCAGUGCUAUGCACGACGUCGGGCGUAGAGUGUCAUCUUGGCUUCACAGUAGGACUGCUUUGUACAAUGGUCGGUUCAGUGAAAUGCAUAACAAUGACAUAAAAGAUACUCCCACGGGAGAUUUGCAGCUGCAAUAUGGAUUGCAGUACCGUAUACACGCCCGUGACGCCGACUUCUCUGCGCGGUCCUUGGCAAGGCCACAGGUGGAUUGCGCGGCAUGCGGGCGGGAACCUGAAGCCGUACGAACCACGUCAAGUCGUGAUGUAGGAGGCCACUGACGGGUGACGGACACGGCGCAUGAGCGCGCCCUGUAGGCCACCAGAAGAAUGUGACAUGUGAUUGUGUAAGCACAGAUCGAGCUGUCUGUAAUGCAGGCGGCAGUGUGGCAUAUCGCGCAUAUCGGCAUAUGCCUGGGGCUGGGCCGCUGGGGAUGCAUCACACGAUCGCGGGACUUCGCCAUUCGCAUCGCACUCGUGGGCUUUCCUGGUAGAUGCUUUAGAAGGUCCCGCUUGAUUGACACUUGACGGCUGGCGCUGCCGCAGCGGACUGACAACAGCAAAGUUGCGUGUUGGCGGCGAGGAUUGAGGACCCCCGUCAUUAGGUGAGCCGCAUGCUGGUCAUGGGGGCGCCCGUUCACGCUCGCACCCUCAGGACUUUGGCCCUAAGUACGGCUGCAAGGCCAUGUCAAUGGUGGCUCCGUC